AUGGAAGGCACAACCCCAGAUCGAAUAUUAUCGCGGACCCUGAACAUUCUGUGUGGAAUGUGCAGGUCUUUUUUCCAGUCAAACGAUGUCAUCUAUAAUAUUGGAUGUGGGCAUUUGUUCCACAAAACCUGUCUGAAUACCCGGCCUUUGAAACACCCUAAUUGCCCACAAUGUGGCAGACCCAGCAAUGGAUCACAACAAAGGAUUUUUCUGGCAUUUGAGGAACCCUCCACUGUGGACGAAGAGUGUCUUCCCUACAAGUGGGUGCCUAUGAAGCUCGGAUCCAACGCUGAUGGCCAACUCCCUCCCGGAGCCAUAGAAUGUGGCACCGACGACGAAGGUCACAAGGCAUAUGUGGCCCGUGUCAUUAAAGGUCAGGAACUCUUACCGGCGAGCUAUGUUCCCACAAAGCAAGCCGCCCUGGCAACCACCUGCCAGGUAGCUUAUUGGCUUACAGAGGACGUCGAAGUGCUGGUACUGGAGAAUUGUUAUCACAAAUGGGUGGCCGGCCAGUUCGGAAGCUAUCCUCUAGAUGCCCUUGAAACUGGAUAUUCUGACACGGGCGAUGUAACCUACACGGGUCGUGCAUUUUUUAAAGGUAUUCUAAGAAUGGGAAAAGUUGAUCCCUCGUCUAAAACGAUGUCUGUCGCCCACAGAUUAGAUGUUGAACCAAACGCACUUCCCUCUUCCAACCAGCUCCCUCCCGGAGUCGUACAGUGUGGCACAGACGAUGAGGGUCACACGGCAUAUGUGGCGCGCGUCAUAAAAGGGCAGGAGCUUCUACCAGCGAGUUACGUUCCUGAUAAAAAAUCCGCUCUAGCAUCCACUUGCCACAAAUCCUAUUGGCUUACGGAAAACGUCGAAGUUCUCGUACUGGAAAACUGCGAUCACAAUUGGGUGGACGCCCACUCCGGAGAAUAUCCGCCGGAUGCUCUCGAAACUGGAUAUUCUGACACCGACGAAAUAACCUACACGGGAUGUUGUUAUUUCAUGGGUAGCCUGAGAAUCGGAAAGGUGCAUCCCUCAUUUAGAUUGAUGUUCGUCGCCCACCGUGCUAGAGAAGAAUGCGUCUUGCAAUACAAAGUUUUGGUCCUCACACCCCGCUAUCGUUAA